AUGGACAUGAAAGCGCAAAUCAUGUGGCAAGAAUCUUAUUUUGCGUUGGAAAAUAACGCCACAUUGCAAAUUAUGGAGAAAACCUCUAUAAGAAAUACGGCGUUCGGUAUGAAGAUCGAGGACGAAAGAACAUUGUCCUUCAGCCAACUUAAUGAACUUUCUACUGAGAUGCCCCUGACAUGCGUCAAGAAAGUGAAACUUUUCCAAAGAGAGGCUGCUUUCAAAGAUUAUCCGGAGUUUGGCCAGGACUUUCAAAUGGUUCCCAGCAACACUGCAACACCCCAAGUCGUUACUACACCGUGGGGUCUUGUCAAUCAGGCAGCGAGCAGCACUACCGAGUCUUAUAUCUGUCAGUCUCGGAGUCUCUUAGAAUCCGCCGAAUCAGGUCUCAGCAGCUUUUCCGGAUCGGGCUGCGGAGGAACUGCUACUUUACCUGGUAAUUCAAUGGCAGCGCCAGCAAUGAGUCCAUGGAGGCCUUGGGCUCUAAAGAAAGAAGUCACUGAGCUAUAUUCAAGCGAAAAAAGCCCUUUGGAGGCUACAUCACCAGUGGCGGAGGAGAAUCAGAACCAUGACAAUAAAGUCAACGAGCCCGAGAAGUCAGCCAAAGCGGUAAAAGUGGUACCUCCAAAGACGAUUGAAAGGGCCUCGGUAAAAAGUGGUUCCAAACGGAAGAGGGAAGAGGAGCGGCUAAAGCAGGAGGUAGAAGAACUAAAGCGAAUGAUGCGAGAAAAGCGUAAACACAAAGAAGCCUUUGUCGCCCUUCUCGAUUCCCUACAUGAGAAAGGCAUUCUCACCUACAUGUCGCAAUGGGAUGAGCUUUACCCGAUCAUAUCCAAGGACUAUCGAUUUUUAGACAUCUUCGGACCUCACGAUUCCACACCUCUGGAUCUCUUCAACGACUAUGUUGAGAUCCUAAGGUCCGAUGUGGAACAGAAAAUCGUUCGUAAGAUACUUAAGGAAAGAUCAUUUGUGGUCCAGCCAAACACGUCCUACAAGGACUUUGCUAGGAUUGUGUUUCAGGAUAGACGCUCGGCCCGCUUGGAUAAAGACAAUGUGAUGGUCACCUACGGUUCUCUGCUUAAGAAGGCGAAGGAGGAUAACAGAGAGCGGAUACAGGCGUUAAGGCAGCUGCGGAAGCUGGAAUAUGAGGUUAAGGACAAGUGGCUAAGGGCCGAAGUCUCAGUAGCCGAACCCUACAGGAAUGCCAAGAAACUGGUAGAGCACUUGGAGGCAUUUGACUUCUACGAUAGGAAAAUAGGCGUGAGAAAAAUAUGGAAGGACUUUAUCAAUGAAUGCGAGGAUGAAGUGAGCCAGAUGUGUAACAAUUACUAUCGACAAUACCCUGAAUCAAAAAAUAACAAGAAGUACUAACCUGGAAGUGGAAAAGUCAAAUCGAUC